AUGAUUUUCCACCAUGCUCUCUUUCUUUUUUCAUUUAUUCUUUCUUUCCAUUUUCAUUCGUUUCUUUCUCUUUCUUUAUUCUGUUUCAUGAAUUUCUUUAGUUUUUUCUUUUCUUUCUUUUUCACUCACUUUUUUGUCUUUCCUUUUAUUAUUUUCUCUUUUCAUUUACUUUCAUUUACUUUCAUUUCAUUUCUUUCUUUCUUUCAACUGACUGUGUUCUCGUUCAUUUUCUCAUUCCAUUUCUGUUUCUUUUUUCAGUUCAGUAUGUUCCUAUUUCUUUUCUUUAUUUAUCUUCUUUCUUUCUUUUUUCAUCUCAAAUUUUUCUUAUUUCUUUUCUUCAUUUCUCCCUAUUUUCUUUCUUUCUUUCUUUCUUUCUUUCUUUCUUUCUUUCUUUCUUUCAGCUUAACAUCUCAAUAUGUUCCAUUUCUUAUCUUCAUUUCUCUUUCUUUCUUUCUUUCUUUCUUUCUUUCUUUCUUUCUUUCUUUCUUUCUUUCUUUCCUUCUUUCUUUCUAUUCAGCUCAACAUGUUCCUCUUUCUUUCUUUCUUUCUUUCUUUCAGCUUAACAUGUUCCCAUUUCUUUUCCUUCAUUUAAUUUCUCUUUCUUUUUUCAGCUUAAUAUGUUCCCAUUUUUUUUCAUUUUUAUUUUUUCUUUCUUUCUUUUAUAUUUCUUUCUAUCUCUUGUUUAUUUAUUCCAUUUAUUUACUAUUUUCAAUUUUUCGUUCUUUCUUUCUUUGUCUAUCUUUUUAUAUUCUACCUUUUUUUUUAUCUAUUUUCGUUCCAAAUUUUUUACGAUUAUUAGUUUUCUUUCUUUCUUUCUUUCUUUCUUUCUUUCUAACCUUUACUUUUCAGUCCUCUUUCUUUAUUCAUAUUCUUCUUAAGUUUCUUUGCUUUUUCCUUUUCUUUUUUAAACCCAUGAUCUUUUUCCUCUUUCACUCUCUUUCAAACUACUUACCUUUUGUUUAUUUAAUCAUUUAUUUAUUUUCUUGUUUCUUCAUUCAUUUUUUUUUUCUUUCUUUCUUUCUUCCAUCAAUUUUUCGUUCCUCUUCAGCUCUGCUUCCCUCUUACCUUCUACUUUCAGGUUUUAAUGUCAUGAGUCUGGAGCUCGAAAAGAAAUUCUUGGCUGAUGUCUUGUCAAUAUGA